AUGAAGAUUCCGCUCAAUUCUGCCUUAGUGGAUAAUUGCCAUAAGGACCCAUUUCAGCAGGAAGAUCAAGCUCUGCACUGCCUUUAUCGCAAUUGA